UGGUCUCUUACAGCUAGCUACAGUAGCAAUGUCCUCCUUGUUAACACGUGAAUAGCACGUAUAAAUAGUGUUUUAUGUCACUCGUUGCUAAUUAAAUAGAGUCAAAUGCUCGUCAGUCGCCGUCUCCGGCUGUGCUCUUUGUGUUGCCGUGUAGUUUACAGCGGCGGAGGAGGAAUUAGAGCAUGGAGGACACUGAGAUAUGCUAACAUGACAGAGGUGCAGCACUGGGGUACAGUAGCCUCGACACGCUUCUCUCACAGUGGUUUGGGGGAGUUGUACAAAAACGAGUGUGUUCAGAGGUAUCUUGAGCAGCUCAUGGAGGAGUAUAGAGACCUGAGCAAGAAGUUACAGCAUGCUCACUUCAGCGAGUCAGACAGGAAAGUCCUCAUUAAGAAACACACAGAGCUGCUGCCUCUGGCUAAUGUGUCUGGGAGUAUUGAACAAGCCCUGAAAGACCUCGAGGAAGUUCGUUCGCUUGUGCAUAGUUCAGCUGGCACCAAAGAUGAAGACAAACAGCUGACCCAGCUGUUGAAAGAGGAGGAAGCACAGAUCUCCAGCAAGAUUUUGGCCUUAAGACAAGAUAUGAUCAGAGCUCUUGUGCCCACUGACCCUCUUGACUCCAGUAAUGUUCUGCUGGAGGUCGUAUCAGGACGAACAACGGGAGGUGACAUCUGUCAGCAGUUCGCCAGAGAAAUGUUCGACAUGUACCAGGGUUUUGCCGAUUACAAGAACUGGGACUUUAAAGUUUUCAACUACACACCUGCAGACUAUGGUGGUUUGCACCAUGCAGCUGUAAGAAUAGCCGGUGAGAAUGUGUACAGACACAUGAAGCAUGAAGGAGGAACACACCGGGUGCAAAGGAUCCCUGAGGUCGGCCUCUCCUCCAGGAUGCAGCGGAUCCACACAGGAACCAUGACGGUCAUCAUCCUACCUCAGCCAGUGGAGUUCGACGUCCACAUUGACCCAAAGGAUCUUCGCAUCGACACGUUCAGAUCUCGAGGCGCUGGAGGCCAAAGCGUCAACACAACAGACAGUGCAGUGCGGAUAGUUCAUCUUCCUACAGGUGUAACUGCUGAGUGUCAGCAGACUCGCUCGCAGCUGAAAAACAGAGACACCGCCAUGCAAGUGCUGAGGGCCAGGCUGUACCAGAGCGUUAUGGGUAAAGAGGUCGAGCAGAGAGAUAAAGCACGAAGGCAGCAGGUGGGCACACGCUCUCAGUCGGACAGGAUUCGUACCUACAACUUCAGCCAGGAUCGCGUCACAGAUCACCGCACUGGUUACACAACUAGAGAUAUAAAGGAGUUCAUGAGAGGAGGAGAAGCUCUGGACGACCUGAUCUGUGACGUACAUGAACACACGGAGAGGGAGGCUCUGAUGGAGGUGGCGGAGAGCAGCGUCAUCCUGAAACAACCAGAUUCUGGACACUCUGCAGAGUAACAGCCACCGCGACUUACCAAACACACAGUACGUUAUUUGGUGGAUGGAUUUCUCAACAUCACUGGGGCUGCAUAUCGGGACAUUUUAACAUUAAUGAUUGUUCAUUGGCCAUGUUGUAACUGAAGCGAUGUAAGACAACUUGGAGAGCAUAUUUAAGAGGUUUUUAUUUUUGUAAUAAAACUUAACUUAUAA